AAGAACAUCAAAGUGUCCACACUGGCAAGAAGCCGUAUAGAUGUUCCGAGUGCGGGAAAAGCUUUGGCUACAGCUCAAACUUCAGAAUGCAUCUGAGGAUCCAUACCGGCGAGACACCGUAUAAAUGCUCCGAGUGUGGGAAAAGCUUCUAUUCCAAUUCACACCUUAAAUGCCACCAGGUAAUCCACACGGGGGAGAAACCAUACAAAUGCUCCGAGUGCGGAAGGAGCUUCAGUCGGAGCACUCACCUUAAAAGGCACGAGAGAACCCACACGGGGGAGAAACCCCAUAAAUGUCUGGUGUGUGGAAAGAGCUUCAGUCGGAGCACCCACCUUAAAAAGCACCAAAAAGUCCACACCGGUGAGAAGCUCCAUGAAUGCCUGGUGUGUGGAACAAGCUUUAGCUCUAAGUCAUGCCUUAAGACACACCGCAGAAUUCACACCGACCAGAAACCCUACAAAUGCUCAGAAUGUGGAGAAACCUUCUGCUCUACACAACGCUUUAAAGCCCAUCUGGUCACUCACACCGGAGAGAAACCAUACAAGUGCUGUGUGUGCGGGAAGAGCUUCGUUCGAAGUACUCACCUUAAGAGGCAUCAGAGAAUCCACACAGGGGAGAAACCCCACAUCUGUUCCGUGUGCGGGAAAAGUUUUAAUCAAAGUCAAAACCUGAAACAGCAUCAAAACACCCACACUGGCAAGAAACCGUAUACAUGUUCCGAGUGUGGAAACAGCUUUGGGUAUAGGACACACCUUACAACACACCAAAGAAUCCACACAGGCGAGAAGCCCUAUAAAUGUACAGACUGCGGGAAAGGCUUCUAUUCUUUGCAACACUUUAAAUUCCACCAGGUCACUCACACAGGAGAGAGACCCUAUAGAUGCUCCCUGUGUGGGAAAAGCUUCAGUCGGAGCUCUCACCUUAACAGACAUCAGAAGAUCCACUCAGAGGAUAGACCCCAUAAAUGCUUGGCCUGCGGCAAGAGCUUUAGUCACACUGAAAACCUGAAACAGCAUCAAAGGACCCACAUUGGCAAGAAACCCUAUGGAUGUCCAGAAUGUGGAAAGAGCUUUAAUUAUAGAGCGUACCUUAGAACACAUCAAAGAGUACACACAGGCGAGAAGCCUUAUACAUGCUCUGAGUGUGGCAAAAGCUUUUACUCUGUGCAACACUUUAAAUCCCAUCAGGUCAUUCACACAGGAGACAGGCCCCAUAAAUGCUCUGUCUGUGGGAAGAGCUUCCUUCGGACGACCCACCUUAAUAGGCACCAGAGAAUCCACACAGAGGAGAAACCCUAUAUUUGCUUGGCCUGCGGUAAGAGCUUCAGUCACAGUGAAAACCUGAAACAACAUCAAAAAAUCCACCGUCUAGAAACCCUGGAGAUGGAAGAAGGAAGAGUUGACCAUCAAAGGCUGACGGACCAGCCUCUCCUCCUGACCGCUCGGUCUUCCUGCCUUUGCUGGCUGUGCUUUGCAUCUCACUGGAUGCCACCGGCUUCCUUUGGUAGGUUACCCUCGGCGUCCUCCUUCAAGAUUAAGCAAACAGGAUCAGCCUGUACCCCCGCUGGGGAAGAAAAAAAGAUGAUCAAUGGGAUAGAAAUGGAGGAGCAGAGAGCGAUGCAGUCCAUUUGCACCGAGAAACUAAAGCCCAAGAGGGUUGAAACUCACCUAGAACAAUUUGGGACCAUCAGAGAGUUUUUGGUUGGGGCAGAUCAGAUUAAGCAGGAGCCGGAAGAGGGCCUGCAGCAGGGCUGGGGAUCCCAGUGGCGAGAUUUCCUAACGGCCACGAAGCCCCCUCGUUCAGGACGGAAAAAUGUCAGACGGCUUGGAACUCUGCCGGAUGGAAUCGAGGAACCUCCAGCGGCGCCUUACAAAGGAGUCUCUCAUGCGAGCCUGUGGCCUGAGAGGGAUGGUGUGACCCAGCCCCUGCCGGCCCUGGAAGAGGACCGGGAAGGCCAAAUAGCCUCAGUCAAAGUGAAGGACGAGCUUCUGGAUGAGGAGAAUCCCUUUGGGUUGGAAACCGACCGGCAGCACUUCAGGCAGUUCGGCUACCAGGAGGGCGAGGGCCCCCGUGCGGUCCUCCUUCAGCUCCAGGCCCUCUGCCACCGGUGGCUGAAGCCAGAGAGGCGCACCAAGGAGCAGAUCCUGGAGCUGAUCGUGCUGGAGCAGUUCCUGAUCAUCCUGCCGGAGGAAAUGCAGAGCUGGGUCAAGGACGGCGGGCCAGAGAGCUGCACCCAGGCAGUGGCCCUGGCCGAGGAUUUUUUACUGCGGUUGCAGGAGGCUGAGGGACUGCAGGAAAAGGUUGCAUGGCCUUUGGAAGACACGACCACGAAUUCUCCCAAAUCGGAGCAAGAUCCUUCCGAGGAAAUUAACGUCCGGCUCUCGGCAGAGGCUGAGGAUGGGAGCGAUGGGGAAGCCAGCUUUCUGGCAGGAAGCUCCCAAGGGUACGAAAACGGAGACGAGAGCUUUCCCUUUGAAAGGCACCCGGAUGUCGGCCUCAGUGGAGUGUCCUUGGCGAGACUCAACGGGAAGCUUUUGCAGGUCUGCGGACUGGGCGGGACGCCGGGAGGCGAGCAGAGCCACGGAAUCCGCCGUGAACACCAAACGGAGAUCCAAGCUUUUCUUCGCGGCAAAAGUUUGCAAGGAGGCCCCUUCCCAGAGGUUGGAGCCCCCAAGGGGAGGAGAAAAAGGACGGCCCCCAGCUGGGGAACGGUCCUGCGCCACAGCUUGGACUGUCCCCGGAACCAGAAGAUGCAGAAAUUGUAUACCUGCACCUAUUGUGGGAAGAUCUCCAACAACAGCGCCCACAUGAUCAUCCACGAGAGGACCCACACCGGCGAGAAGCCCUACAAGUGUGCGGAGUGCGGGAAGUGCUUCAGCACGAACUGCAACCUCAUGAAGCACACCAGGGUCCACACGGGGGAGAAGCCCUACAAGUGCUCCGACUGCGGGCGGAGUUUCAGCGACAAGGCCUCGCUCAUUGUCCACGAGAGGACCCACACGGGGGAGAAGCCCUACGAGUGCCCCAUGUGCGGGAAGAGCUUCACGUCCAGCUCCAACCUCAUCACCCACAAGCGGGUCCACACGGGAGAGAAGCCCUACAAGUGCUCCGAGUGCGGGCAGAGCUUCGUCCACCGGCCGCAGCUCGUGAUCCAUCUCCGAACGCACACGGGGGAGAAGCCGUACGAAUGCCUGGAGUGCGGGAAGAGCUUCAACCAGAAGGCCGACCUGAUCAUCCACGGGCGGACCCACACGGGGGAGAAGCCGUACGAGUGCGCCGAGUGCGGGAAGAGCUUCAUUUCGAGCUCCUACCUCCGGAAACACGAGAGGCUGCACACAGGGAAGAAAGCACUGGUGGUGGGGGAAGAGACCCACAAGUGUCCCUACUGCUGCAAGAGCUUCAUCAGCCGCUCCAAACUCCUCAUCCACGAGCGGACCCACACGGGCGAGAAACCCUUUGAGUGUGGCGAGUGCGGGAAAGGCUUCAGCACCAGCUCGAACCUCGUCAACCACCGGAGGGUCCACACGGGAGAGAAGCCGUACCAGUGCGCCGAUUGUGGGCAGAAAUUCAGCACGAACUCAAACCUCGUCAACCACCGGAGGGUGCACACGGGGGAGAAGCCGUACGAGUGCUCGGAUUGCGGGCAGAGCUUUGGCCACAAAGCCUCCCUCAGGAGGCAUAAGAGGAUCCACUCUCGAGAGUCGACCACAUGAGUGCUCGGAUUGCAGACAUAACACAGCUCGAGCAUUCGCUCUUCUGAGGAAUAGAGUCCGCAGCCUCUUACGCAGACUUAGGACUCCCGAGUUCAGGACUGUCUACACUGACUCUCUACGCUGUACCUUACACUCCAGGGUAUGACGUAGGAUACUUCCCUAGCCUUCCUUGGAGAUGCCAGGAAUUGGACGUAGGACCUUCUGCAUGUGAAGCAUGGCCUGUAUCACUGAACUAGGGUCCGGCCUCCAGAGCGGCCAGCCUGACGUCCCUGGGAAGCCUGCAACCGAGACCUGAGAGCAAUAAUAACAGCCCCUCUUAGUUUUACAGCAGUUAGGAAGGCUGCUUCUGAAUUCCCUUUGGACUUCUGUAAGAUGAAGUCCUGUUGAACCCAGUGUUUCUCUGAUAGCUUAAAUCGAGGACUUCCAAGUCUUUUCUUUUUUUUAAAGCAAGGAUCCCGACCACCAGCAGGUGCUGUACGAGUUGGCCAGUGAACUGGGCUCUCUGUUCUGGCCCUCCCCGUUUCAUAAAAUGCUACAUGGAACAGAACAUGAUUUGGGCCCCUUUCAGUCUGUGACUCUAAACCAGUGGUUCCCAACCUUGGGUGCCCAGAGGUUAUUGAACCUCACCUCCCAGAGGUCCCAGCCAGUAUAGCUCGUGGCGAAGACUUCUGGGUAUUUAAAUCCAAGAACAUCUGGGUUACCCAAGGUUGGGAAUCGCUGAUCUAAACAAUAACAUUUUAUUGUUUUAACAAAAAAUGUGUGUGCUGGCCUGAUUGCACUUACACAUUAUGCUGUGCCAUUGUUUGUUUGAUUUCUGCGGAAUUAACCCACAAACUACCAUCCAUUUCCCCCAUUUUUGGUCUGUUUUCCCUCCACCUACCUCCCCCCCGCACUUGUAUUUUAGAGCAGGAAGCCAGAAAAACAAACCAAGGACAAGCCCCGGUCCUGAGGUCUGAUGCUAAGCCGUCUUUCAGUGUAAGCCAUAUUUCACAUGGCAACAACAAAUCUUGGCGUCGUAAUUGUGGUUUGCCGCUGACUAACCAUAGCCUGUGAGGAGGUGUUCAGAAAGAGCCCCAAAGGAGGACCAGAUCAAAGGCCAUUUUAGGCCAGACUUUAGGGCUAAACAGUUGCCAGGGUGGAACCCGCAACCAAGCCUAGCAUGCCGUAGCCACUUCCCCUGGUACAUGGAGGCAUACUAGGUAGUGAAGGGAAUAGGCAAUAGGGCCCUCAUAUCCACUGAUUUGUUUAUCCACGGUUUGAAAAUGUUAAAAAUAUUAAAAAUCUUGAACAUACCGUGUUUCCCUGAAAAUAAG